GUCAUCAACGCUCGCCGUGAGCGUCCAGAGGGCCUGAGCGAGGUCUCGGCUGUGCGGUUUGACCCGAGAUGCUGCGGUUGUUCCGGGCCGCUUCGCAGGCCUGGCUUCGACCCUCUGGCUCCCGGGUCCUCAACUCGCUAGCGGAGGACGCGGCACGGCCAGCCGAGAGCGCGGAGCCGGGGGAUAACGUGGGCCUCCUCGAUCCCGUGUUGCGCAAGUGCGAGCUUCGGAUCCCGGCGCCCCGGCGCCCGGUGCAGGCCUGGGUCGAGUCGCUGCGAGGCUUCGAGCCGGAGCGCGUCGGCCUGGCAGAGCUGCACCCUGAUGUGUUUGCCACGGCGCCCCGGCUGGACAUUCUGCACCAGGUUGCCACCUGGCAGAAGAACUUCAAGAGAAUCAGCUACGCUAAGACCAAGACCAGGGCUGAGGUGAGUGGUGGUGGCCGCAAGCCCUGGCGACAGAAAGGCAGUGGCCGUGCCCGGCAUGGCAGCAUCCGUUCCCCCCUAUGGCGGGGAGGAGGCGUAGCCCAUGGUCCCCGGGGCCCUACAAGCUACUACUACAUGUUGCCCAUGAAAGUGCGGGCACUGGGCCUCAAGGUGGCCUUGACCGUCAAGCUGAUGCAGGAUGACCUCCACAUUGUGGAUUCCCUGGAGCUGCCCACUGCAGACCCUCAGUACCUGACAGAGCUGGCCCAGUACCGCCACUGGGGGAGUUCCGUGCUCCUUGUAGACUUGGCACAUGAGGAGAUGCCCAAGAAUGUUGUGGCGGCCACCUCUGGGCUCAAGAGUUUCAACCUGAUCCCUGCAGUCGGCCUGAAUGUGUACAGCAUGCUCAAACACCAGACUCUGGUCCUCACCCUGCCUUGCGUCGCCUUCCUGGAGGACAAGCUACUCUGGCAGGAUUCAAGAUACACUCCACUCUACCCCUUCCGCUUGCCCUACAAUGACUUCCCCUAACCCUGCCCUGGUCACCUAGAGGCCCACUCCACUUGGGGGCCAAGUCAGCACACCAGCAAUCCUGCAAAAAAGCUGUUCCCUGGAAGCUGCUGAGCCUUGGUGCCAGGAGGGGUAACUGCACAGAGCCAAGAAGAGUGCCUCCCUGGGGAUCUCUUUUGUCACAUUAAAAUGAACCCUGUUUUUCACAAUACUUGGAAAUGGAGGUGGUCACUGUGUGUGGGAUUCUAUCAACUCUUAGGCUGUUCAUCCUAGGUACCUCUCCUCCAGGGCUCACAACCUGCUUUGAUGGCAGCCUUGGGGCUGCCAAUACAAAUUGCCGGGAGGAACUUCUUCCUGCUGAGGCAGAUGCUGGAGUGUGCGUGGGUGCCAAGCUGGCAGCCUGCAUUCACUCCUAGGAGGGUCUGCCACCUGUGUGCCACGCAGGCUGCUUCUGACAGCUUCAGGCACAGAAUCAGACUAGCCAAUGUCUCGUGUUCUUAUGAUAAAACAAAUAAAUCUGUUUAAAGACACCAUAA